AUGGAGUUAUCUCUAUGUUUCUACGGAGACAUCCAGGACGAACCAACGAAGGACGGCCUUAAAUCUGAAACUGCGGAGGAGCUAGAACUAUUCAACAGAAUUCAAGCUCGACUCUCUGACAUGAGGUUCGCUUUGGACUCUCUAUACCCGGGGGCAAUAGAAGAUCGUCCUCCCUCCUUAAGCUCCGCACAUAUCUGGAUGAUGGCAAAUACUUUUGACGUAUAUAACACUCGUUUUGUGGAUCAACAAGCUGUUAUUAAACGUGGUAGUCAUCUAAAGCGGAUAGGCGCUGCUCUGUCCAAGUUCCGCCGUCCACUCUCUUUUGAAAUUUUUGGGAACAUCGAAGUACUAAAUGAGAUCGACUGCAGAAGUUGUUCGAUGGCAACGAUCAUGGAGUGGCUAAAUUCGGAUGAAAUAUGUUCGGAUAUCGUUUUAGACGUUCUGGAAUCUCGAGUACGUUGGUGGUCGAAGCAGAACCUUGAAUUCGGCGUCGUUAUACCUGCUGAGCAGCAUUACGAGGAGAUGCAACACCUUGCUAGUUUAACGACGGCCUUUCUCAAUACGGAGAGUACAUGGACGGGCUGCAAAUUCUCAACGGAAGCUGGAGAAAUGCAUUUCGAAUUCUGCGUGGACUGGAUAACCUGGAAGAAGUAUCGUGCAGGUGGCCUAGUGGCGGAGAGUAUGGAACUGGCUCCUACGAGGAUGGUUUGGUAUUUCGCUUCUCUGAAAACGCGGUUUGCCAAUAUCUUCUCAAAGUAA